UUUGAUAUUGUGCAACGGAUCUACACAUUUUUAAGUGCCUUCAAUCAUCGAUGGACAAUUCUGACAAAAGCGCUAGCCAAAGACAAGACACCAGCGCCUAAAAAACUAUCAGAAACACGUUGGUCAGUACAUGCUGGUGCAACAAGUGCUGUGCGGAAGGGUUACAAGAAUAUUCAAUCUGCUUAAGAAAUCAUUGCAAUUGAUGAUAGUACAAAAGGUGAAACUCGACAAGAUGCGCUUAGACUAGCAAAACGUUGAUGAAUUGGAAACUGUUACUUUGACAGUCUUUUGGGACAAGAUACUGCAAAGAUUCAAUAAAACAAUUCUAGUUUUACAAGGUGCCACUUUAGAUUUGAAUAAAGCUGGUUUGUUGCCUUCGUUGUCUAAAUAUGUUUAAUCGUUGUCUAUAUAUGUUUUAUCGUUGAGACGUUCAACAAAAUUGAAUAAAUUAGAGAAAUAUGGAAAAGAGUUGUCCAAAUGUGAAGUAUAUAAAAAGAUUCAAAAAAAGAAAGUAAAAGUUUAAUGAAGGGAUGAAGUUGUUGGAUGAAAGAAUUAUUUUUGUUGUUGUUGCUAUUUCGAGACAAACUGGUGACUAAGGAGUUGAACAAGGUCCCAAAGUUUAGUAAUUUUAGAAGUAAAAGACCUCUGAGCUAUGGUUUCCAAGUAUUAAUACAAGAAGUAUAUUUGAAUAUAAGUACUCCUGAUAUAAAUUUUCUCUCCUUGUACAAUCAAUCAAAGUAUCCGCAAAAACCAGAUAGAUAUGGUUUCAUAACAUCUUUAAAUUUGUAUCAAAAUAUUUCUCAAUCUUUUUGUGAGAGGAUACGUGGAUGGAUUCAGGUUGGAUAUUCUGCUAAUUACUCAUUUUACAUCUCAUGCAGUAGUGACUGUUCCUUAUACCUCAGUACUGACAAUGAUCCAACAAAUAAAGUAAACAUAGCUUUUCAAACAAACAGCUCUUCUUAUAUGAAUUCGACGUAUUCACAACAAAAAUCUAAAGAAAUUUAUUUAAAAACAAAAUCCAAAUAUUAUCUUGAAUUGUUAAAGUGUAGUUCAUUAACCGCUGACUACAUAUUUGUUGCUAUGCAACAGUUGGGAAUGUAUAUUACUUCUUCAACAAUGUCUAGUGAUAUGUUUAGCCCAAUGCGUGUUGGUAACUGUUCUUUCAAUUGUAGCUCAUUGAAUAAUGAAAAGUGCAUUUCAGAGAAUGGAACUUAUUCUAUUUGUACUUGCAAUAAUGGCUUUGGAUACAAUUUUGUAAACAACAGUGUGGCAUGUAUAGAUACCAAUGUUUUAGAGUUAAACUGUACAGAUUAUUUGUGUAAUAGCUCACAAUGCAAGUUGCAGCGGCUUUGUUCAACAGGAUACUUCUAUAACUCAAGUACUACAAAAUGUCAAGAUAUUAAUGAGUGUUUAAUAAACUGCAAAUUCACCAAAGCAAGUUGUUUAAAUCUGAAUGGUUCAUUUAGUUGUUUAUGUCCUCCUGGAUCAAUUUUUAAUUCAACAAUUCGAGAUUGUCAAGACAUCAAUGAAUGCACCAGUUUAAAUCCACCAUGUAAUUGGACAAACAGUGUUUGUGUAAACUUGAUUGGAAGCUAUAGUUGUUCUUGUCAGUCUGGGUUGACUUUGGGUAAAAAUGAUGCUAGCUGUGUUGACAUUAAUGAAUGCAGCAGCUUAAAUCCACCAUGCAAUUGGACAAAUGGUGUUUGCAUAAACCUAAAUGGAACAUAUAAUUGUACAUGUCUACCUGGUUGGAUUUUAAGUAAAAGUAAUGAUAAAUGCGUUGACAUUAAUGAAUGCACCAGUUCAAAUCCACCAUGCAAUUGGCCAAAUGGUGUUUGCAUAAACCUAAAUGGAACCUAUAAUUGUACAUGUCAGUCUGGGUGGAAUUUAGAUAUAAAUAAUGCCAGCUGCAUUGACAUUAAUGAAUGCACUAGUUUAAAACCACCAUGCAAUUGGAAAAAUGGUGUUUGUAUUAACCUUAAUGGAACUUACAAUUGUACAUGCCAAUCUGGUUGGAUUUUAGAUAUAAAUAAUGCAAGCUGUGUUGACAUUAAUGAAUGCGCCAGCUUAAAUCCACCAUGCAAAUGGACUAACAGCGUUUGCAUAAACUUAAAUGGAAACUACAGUUGUUCAUGUCUGCCUGGUUGGACCUUGAGUAAAAAUAAUGAUAGAUGUGAAGACAUUAAUGAAUGCACCAGUUCAAAUCCGCCAUGCAAUUGGACAAAUGGUGUUUGCAUAAACUUAAAUGGAACCUACAAUUGUAUAUGUCAAUCUGGGUGGAUUUUAGAUAUAAAUAAUGCUAGCUGUGUUGACAUUAAUGAAUGUACCAGCUUUAAUCCACCAUGCAAAUGGACUAAUGGAGUUUGCAUAAAUCUAAAUGGAACCUACAAUUGUACAUGCUCGUCUGGUUGGACAUUAAAUAAAAGUAGUGAUAAAUGUGAAGAUCUAAACAGUGGGUCAUCAACUGUCAUAGGAAAGAUUUAGAAAAAAAAGAUUUUGUAUUUUUAAACAAAAACUUUUAUUUGUGCAGUAAUCAUUUUUGAAAUACAAUGUAUUAUUUUACAAAUAAUGGUGCAAAACGUUUGUUACAAUCAGCAAUUCCUACUAUUUUUAACAUCCCAAAUCCUCACUUCUUUGUUGCAAAAGGAAACCACCAGUUGAAUGUCAUUCAGUUCCAGCAAAAAAGCAAGUUGUUUGUUUACCUGUUAAUUCAGAUUUACCUGUUAAUUCAGAUUACAAAAUAUCUACUAAUAAAAUAAGUUUAUUUUAUUAGUAGAUAUUUUGUUCUCUAAAUUUCUUCUAACAUUGCGAGUCAAAAAUUCUAGACUACUUAAACAAGUUCAACAUUUAAAAUCCAAACAAAAAACCCAAAAAAACUGUGAUGGGUCUAUAAAAUAUAUUUUAAAUUUAUCCAGAAAAUACCCAUCACCUAUACAAGUUAGCCUUUUUAAAAGUCAAUUAGAAAUGAGUAAACCUGUUAAUAAAGAAAAACGAUAGGCAGUUUGUGACAAAGUUUUGGCUUUGCAAAUUCUGUUUCAUAGUCCUCAAACUUUUGUCUUGCGAACGAUAUUCUGUUUACCAAGUCAACCCUGUUAAUUAUUAUUUUUGUCCAUGUAUUUUCAGGUUUUUAAGAAGAAUUUCUACUCGAUUGUUUUCUUCAUUAAAGUUACGUGCUGAUGCAAUGAAUUCGCUUGAUCGUAAUGUCAGUCUUGUUAUGGAUGAAAUGUCAUUAAAGCAGCAUUUAGAGUAUGAU